AAUCAUACAGAAUCAUACACGUCAAAACAUUUUACUGCCUGUGAAGUCUGAAGUCGUUCAGAUGAGCUCCAAGUACUCCAAGGACCUGGCAACGCAGACAAAACUCUUGAAAUCCCUUUGGCGUCUCACACAGCACUAUGUUGCAGCAGUGGCAUCUUCCACCACGGCACGGACGCAAGUAGCAGCGCAGGUCCUUACCAUGAGGUCUUUACAUGCAGCCUUCGAGACCAGCAUGAGGAGACCCGCCUCAGAUGGGAUGCUCCCCACAACACAGGCCAUCAUCAACCCGGUCGGAGGUUCCGACCCUGACACCUUCAGGCUAUCCUGGAGCUUCACUGGUGAUGCUGACUUGAGGGGGAACAGCGUUGCCGUGAGCACAGAGGGACUUCCGCUCUCCACACCUAAGCUUGCAGAGGCGCGAAAUUCUUUGCAGCGGCAUGCAGCGGGUGGCGGAGCAAAGGGUGAUGCUGCCUGGGACCAGAUGUUGAACGGACUGAAGUAUGAUGCCUCGUCGAUGAAGUCAACGCAACAGCUGGUCAAUGACCUGACAAAGAAAGUGCUUGGGAUUAUGAGCAAUGUUUUGCCACCAAACCACAGCGACGAAUGGCCAAAGUGGACAAUUCCUUUCGGCUGGGCCUUGAACUCCGCGGGGGAAAUCAAGAAAAGAGCGCCAGAGUUUUACUAUUGGCGGGACAUUUGUGUAUGGUCCAAGUACAUUUGCUUGGAUCCCGCAUGCAGGAAAUUCAAAGGUGUCUUCAAAUCUGAUAACGUGACCAUCAAUUGGAAAGUCAGCUACUGCAAGCCCUGUGAGAUCCUGAAGUCACAGCCAUCUGCUUUAAACGGCACGAUCAAGUUCGACCAGCUGAGCAAAGGUUUCCCAUGUACAAGUGGUGCCAGCUUGCCUGCAGUAGGUUUGGAUAAGGCUUCCACCGAAGACGACGUCGUCCACGCGCCAACUCUGCCGAAUUUCGGCCAGGCCUUGGCUCAAGAGGAAGCUGAACAUGUGCUGAGCAGCCUCACGAUGCCGUACCUGCGCAUUCCAUUGCUGCUACAUUUCUUAGCAGCAGAUCGGCUUCAUGCUUUGAAGCAGACGUCCAUGCAAGACAUGCUGUGGGCCGCUUUAAUGGAACCUGCCAACUGGGCUGAUGAUGAGCAUCCGAAACCUGUGGAGCAAGCGCCCGAGAAUAAAUCAAAGCUGGGAACCUCCUUUGGCCUGCUGCACAACGAGGUCCUCAAAGGCCUCAACGCAAUCGCCGCACCCUUUUGCGCUCUUUGCGAGCAGGCAGAUGAACUGGCCGGCCUUGCACCACCAGAGGAGUUUGAUGGCCCGCCUGCUGAAAUCCUGCAGUACUUUGUGAGGCUCGGCAGCCGUGUUUUGGAUCAGCUUCAUGAUCAAACUGUCGAGGAAUCGGAGCUCAUGAGGACGCUGACAAAAUUCCUCGAAGAGAAAGCUGUGAAGCACCUUCACAGAUGGAUCAAUGCUUCGACUCAGGAGAUGGAUGUUCGCUGCAGACUUCAUGCGCAUAUUGCAGUGACUUGCUUGCACCGGGAUAUGUCUGCUGCAGAAAACCUCAUCCUGUUGUUGAGCAGUUGCUGCUACGUGAUUUCCUGGUAUGAGCGUGACUUUUCAGAAUCCUUUGGAACAGAACUGCAGAUGGUGUACGAAGUGGUGCAGCGGCGGCGCUGUGAUGUCAUCAGUGCCUUGGACAAAGCGAGUGAGAAUGAACGCAAGCACAUCUUGGACGAGGUCGCCAAGAUUACCUCGAAUUUCUUCACCUCAAAAUCCGACCAAUGGCAUCCUGGCGAUGGUCCUGGAAGCUGGAAGUGCGACAAAAAGGGUGGAGCUGCUGUCUUCAAUGCUCAGACGUGCACCUUAUGGCUAGAAUCAGGCUUGUUGCGCCCCAUUCCGCCAAAGCUCCAACGGACCCCGCAUUUUGUGGAGUUCUUCCGGCAGCACCCAGUGAAGCUGCAACCAACCUGCCGACCUGUGAGGCUUGCCAAGAACUGCCAUAUUCUCUCUGCAGCUGAUGAUGACAGCAUAACCUUUGAGAUGCAGUGGUGGUCAUCGGUGACAAAUCAGUCUCAGCGCGUCCAAGCAGAGGACCGCGAAGGGUCCAGAUGGAAAGCAGACGGGGGCUGUGUUGCCGUUUCAAUGCCUUGGUGCAACGGGGAUACCUGGAUGUUGCCUGGAGGUAUAGAGUGUGAGCAGCGGAAUGUCACGGAUUGGUUGAAAACUCAAGGCCAUGAUGCUUUGGCAGAAGUGUGGGAAAAUCUUGUAAGUUUUGCCCAAGACCCUGGCAACGAUGACGAAGGAGAGGCACUGGCGCCAUUGGCUGGGGCAUGGUACUGCCAGACAAACCAGCUCGAGGCGAAGGAGUUGGUUGCGGUCCAACACUUGGACAGGCAAGGCAUACUGGAAGCUCGCUUUGCAUGUGAAGGGCAUGCAGUGAUUCGCGUCUUUACACACAGUGAUUUUGGACGCCAUGGCUUCCGGUCCAUGAUCUUCUGCUCCGAUGCUGCCUUUUCCUACGCAUCCUUGGUGCCCAAUGAUCAAGACAGAGAAGAGAGACCGCUCAGCAAUCCUCAAUUUGCCGGCAAACUAGGCUUUCUCCCGAAAGAUGAGUCCUUGGCGAUUUUGGAUGACGGCAAGCGUCUUUGGGUGCCUCCAGUGGCUCUUCAAGGUCUUCUUCCGGCGGUUCUGUUGGAGGGCUGCCGCUUCUGGGCCGAAGACAAGGGCGGCACUGUGAGCUUCAAAGGCGAGCCGUUCAAACCACCGGUCUACAACAGCCUCAACUACAGCAUUCAGAUUGAAUGUACGAAAGGAACUGCCAAGGUCACGCGCAAAGUUGGUGACAAGACUUGGGUCUUGGCCAGUCCGAUCCAUGCUCCUCGCGGGUCUCAGAUUGAAAGGUUCGCUGCAAUUCUGGGACCUUUAGAAGCGAUGAGCCACACGCUCUUCUGGACAGACGAGGAGGGCACUGCCCUUUGUUUGGUGGAACUUCCGCGAGUGCAGCUGCGGUUUGCGCCUGGUCCAGAUCCGAAUGGCCGCGGCUUUCGACUCUUCUCCAAGGAGUUUGGAGGCUUCUAUUUGCUGAACCGCAGAGGAAUUUACGACCCCGAGGCUUGGAAAGAUGCGACUGGUGAUCCGAGAGCAGCAGACCUUGCCGCCUUUUUGGCAAAAAUGCCUCACGCUGUGAUCCUGCGGAGUACAGCUGGUUCUAUCCGAAUCCUCGUCACGAAUGCAGACGUGACCAGGCCAGCCAUCAAGUGCAAACCAUUCUCUACAGAUUUAGUCGUGAACCGAAAGAUCUUGGUGGCACUCAGCCUUAAGACCUUUCUUUGGGACUUCCACGAAUCUGGCUCUCUGUUGCUCACGUCCUCGCUCAGCGGCACGCUCUACUUGGCCCUUUUGACAUUGCUGCAUCGGGAUUACAUCGCCUGUGCGAGACUAGUUGGCUCUGUGGGCUUUGAUGAAGGCAUCUCUGCUGAAGAGUUCCGCCUUCUAAAGAUGAUCCUGAUUUCAACUGCCAAAGAUAGACAUCCAAAUGCUUCAGCCUUGCGCCUGAAGAUGAUUCUGGCGCUCAUUGCACACAAUCCGAAGCAUCCUUUGUUGGAGCCCGAUGUGAAACUCAUACAGUCAGACUAUGCCGACUACCUGGUGAAACUGACGCACAUUUCGCAGAACUGUCGGCUGCAGUUGCGAGAAGAAGGUGUGUUGCUGCGCAAUAUGACCGAAAUGGAGUGUGAGUUUUGGCCACAAGCGGAGAAUCGGCAGAAGUUCGUGGAGGCUUCACUGAACGGCUCGCCCGCCUGUAUGCUGAGGUAUGGUACUAAGCAUCCAGCUCAAAAUCGAGAAGGUCUUUUGGGCUAUCAAACUCUGUGCAGAUACAUGGAUGCUUACUGCAACUCAAGAUGGUAUGAAAACUUUACUGUGGACUCCAAUGAAGAGGGUAAGGUCCGCUCAGACUUCGAGUCGCUCAUUGAUUUGAUGGAUCGUUGCGAUAGGGAAGAUUGGACAUGCUCUGGUACGCUUUUCUUCACCCUCUACGGAAUUCUCACAGGCACCAGCAAAGUGAAACUGCAUGGAAAAGAUGUGGCACAAUGCCUUGUCCGGCUGGUGAUUGAAAAGUACUGGUUGCGUUGCAUCCGGCUUGCCAAAAAUCCUUCAGGAGAUGACCUUCGAGUCAUUUGCACCCUUUGGUCUGUAAUGGGCAUGAAUGCAAUGGGAAUGGCCGGCAACCUGCCACCGUUUGAAGAAGCAGCAAAGCUCUACAGAGAGUCGAAGUACGGAUGUUUGAUCGGCCAUGAUGAGAGCUGCGGCCUGACAUUCUUGAAUGCUAUGUACGAGGCGUUGAAGUCCGGCUACAGCUCGGCCGAAUCCCUCGUUCCUGAGGUCAGUUGCCAGUCUCAAUCCAAGCAGGACAAGCUGACAAUAAGUGAAGAGGCCAUGCCGCGUUUCCUGCCACCUUGCGCACCGCGUCUGGUGGAUUUCGCGAAAAGCACUUGCGCUUUGGAAGGAGAGGGAGAAGAGGUCCUUUCGAUGCUCAGUCAGCCUUUGAAGUUCAUCUCACAGAAGUUCGUCAGUGAGUUCGAGGAGACACUGGAAAUCCCCGACAACCCUUUCAGCCAAGAGCGUUUGGCGGGGUUGCCGGGUGGAAUGACGCGUAUUGGAGCCGAGAUCAUCAAGGGCAAACUCGAGGGACACGAUGUCUACCUGAAGAGGGCCCGAAGCCGAAAAGGCUUUGGCCUCAAGUGCAUUCCUCAAAGACCUGACGAAGAUGCAUUGGCAAGUGCACUGGACACCCUUCAAGAGUUGGAAGACGAAAUCAAAGCUUGUUGGUCACACGAUCUGGAGAGGGUGGCAUCAUUGCGGAAGGAGCUCCUGAAAAGGGCGGACUUAGCUCCUGAGGACAAAGGUGACGGCACGCUUUUCUGGCUUGGCCGACGAGGAGGCAAUGAAGGCCACCUUUGGCUGGAAUGGUGUAUUGGUUCUGAACUCGACAGCGUCCGCGAGUUCAAGGGCUGUGUGGCAGCGGUCAACAAGGUGGUGGACACCAAUGCUGCCAUGCAAGUGGGCCGUGGCAUUCUUGGUUUGAUGCUCUACGUCAAUCGAGUAGCACAAGCUCAACUGGUCUUGGGCUGUUUGCAAGAUCUACGCGGGGCAGUGAAGCGCACCCAAAGCAAGGGCAUCGAUGAAAUUGCCUGCAAGGAGUUACAAACGCUAGCCGGGCGUGUGGCCAUGUUCCUCGGGUGUCAGAGGAAUUACACAACUGGUGACCCCGAGAUCUCACCGGCAUUCCUGCUGUUCGAGUACGUCACUGGCUUCAUGGUUCGCAAGCAGCAGGUGACCCUCAUCCGGCGCUUUGCUGAGGAGGCUUUUAAUGGCCGAUCGUUGGUGGCGCAGAUGAUCAUGGGUGCCGGCAAGACCACCUGCAUCGCACCGAUGCUGACUUUGCUGUUGGGCAAUGAUGGGCGCUUGGUAUUGAACAUCGUCCCCCGAGCACUGCUGGCACAGACAAGGAAUGUCAUGAGGACGAUGUUUGGCCAGAUCCUUGCAAAACGUGUCGUGACCUUGGAGUUCAGCCGGAUGAUGGGCCAGGAAGAUCCCUUCGAUGUCAAGUUGGUGAAGAUGCAACUCUUUGAUGCCCAACGGGAUGCGGCAGUCGUUUGUACCACACCUGCAGCUAUCAAGUCCAUGUUCCUGCGACAUUUGGAGUUGCUGCAAUUGAAUCACAUUUUAGCAUCCACCAUGAAAAAGUAUGAAGACCAGAUGUACAAGGCCUCUGAUUCUGUCUCGCAAACGCGUAUCAAGAAGCGGAUGGAUGAUGUGAACAAGGAUAUCAAUGGCAACCGUGUUAUGGCUGGCUUUAUUGGUGACGUCUUGGGCAUGCUUCGCAACAACAGCUGUGCUCUCAUUGAUGAGGUCGAUCUUGUGUUGCAUCCCUUGAAGUCCGAGCUGAAUUUCCCAAUCGGGAGCUUCGAAAUGUACGACCUGGGUUGUGACCGGUGGCACUUAGCUGUGCACUUGCUAGACGCACUGUUUUUGACUGACGAGGGGCACGCAGCUGCAGGCAUAUUCUACCCUGAUAUCCGCAAUUGUGGUGGCAAGGCUGGCGCAGCAGCUGCAGAGCGCAUCUCGCAGCUGGAGCAGGAAAUUCCUGAAAUUGUGAAGAAAGGUUACGACCUUCUGACACUGCAGAAGCAACCACAUUUGGUGCUGCUCAGCCGGGCAUGGUACGACAAAAACCUUCUCAGGCCCUUGGCAGACUGGCUGGCAUGCUGGAUUAUCACCCGACCAGAGGCUGGAAAAUUCCGAAGCGGUGUGGAAUACAACGAUGUCUGCGAGUUCCUCUCGAUGGACUUGACAGAUCUCCUGAAGUCAGAUGUAAAGUCCAAAGUCGAUGAGAAGACGAAGGCUGACAGCAAGAUUGGCAAGCUCUUGACAUUGGGCCGUGAAUGGCUUUUCCAGCUCGUUCCGCAUGUACUUUCAAAGGUGAAUCGAGUGCAGUAUGGCCUGUUGACUGAACGAGAGUUGGCACUUCCAGAGAACCAGAAGGCACCCACAAGCCGCCGCUUGCUGGCUGUACCCUUCGUCGCAAAGGACAAGCCCAGCCCCGCAGCAGAGUUUGCGCAGCCAGAUGUUUUGAUUGGCUUUACAGUGUUAGCAUAUCGAUACGAGGGCAUGCGCUUGUCUGAUACCGUCACCAUGUUGCAUCACCUGCAGAUGAAGUCAGGGAGGGAAUCUGGCCCGUGGAGUUCCCGCCCAACGUGUGUGCUCUUUGAGAGGUGGAAGGAGAUCGGCACCAAGCGCUACAAAGAGAAGGGUGGAAAGUCAUCAGUUGGAGGCCUUGGCCCCUUGAACUGGGAGGUGAAGCUUGACGAGUGGAAGAAGUUGCCAAGCAAUAUCACAGAAUUGCUGCGGGAAGCUGUGGCCAUGAAGAAGACUAAGAUCCAAUUCACAGGAUUUGGAGCCCAGCCCUAUGAAAUCGACCUAGAGAAGAUGGUUCAAGUGAAUCUGAAAUCGAAAAAGGAAAGAGAAAUCAGACAAGUAGAAGAAUCAGCAAAGAGGGGCGAAGAUCUGAAACUUCCGGAGCUUCAAGCCCUCUCCUCCUCUACUGGAGAUGAGGAAAGCAAGAAAAAGAAGGAAAAGAAAGAUGAUGCUCCAGCAGAAGGUGAAAGCGAAGACCCUCUGCUCAAAGGCACUGCGAAGCGUGAAGAGGAGAAGCCACAAGGACAUGCCCAGGUGGCAGUGGAAUUGCUGGGUCCUGUGCCAGAAAUCGUGCUGUGGUAUUUACUUACCAUGGUUUUUGACGCAGUUCUGCGCCAACAGCCCUACAAGCUAUCUGCUACUGGACAAGAGCUUGGAUCAUCCAUGUUGUUCAGCUCCCGAAUAGGCUUUUCCGGCACUCCAUCGUCGCUUUUGCCGGAAGAUCUAGGUGAAUGCCUGUUUGAGGCUGAGAAUGAAGGUGAAAUCUUGUCUGUCCUUAGCGACGAGCAGCAUGUGGUUCCACCUUUGAUCCACUUAGCCGCUGAUUGGUCACCUGAAAGCAUUUUGAGCAUGGUGGCAAAGAGUAAAGACCCAGUUUACCACUGCUUGAUUGACACUGGAGCACUGGUCAUGGGCUUCACGAAUGAAGAAGUUGCAAAACUGAUGCUCAAGAUGCUGCCAGAAGAACUCUUUGAUGGCGUGGCCUACUUUGAUGACCACGAUGCCCCUAUGGUGAUCCUGCGUGGUGCCGUUAAGCCUGCUUUGCUCAGUGAAGCUGGAGUACCUAUGAACCGGCGAUUCACAUUCUUCGACCAGGUGCAUACUACUGGCACAGACACCAAACAACCACUGCAGAGUUAUGCAGCUUUGACACUGUCCGCCUCGAUGACCUUCCGUGACUAUGCGCAAGGAGCAUGGCGCAUGCGUGGCUUGGGGAAAGGCCAGAAGCUCCGGAUGAUGAUUGCCCCAGAGCUGGCGAAGAAGGUAGCAGGGGUGGUGAAGACUGAUGGGGAGCUUGGCCUUCACGACGCGGUGGCCUUUAUGUUGUCCAACCAAUUUGACUCCGAGGGCAAACAAUUUGCCGCCUUGCAACUACAAAAUCUGGCAACGGUUUGGAGGCAGCAUGCGCUAGAUGACUUGAUGAAAGAACCAGAGGUGAAGAAGCGAGAAUCAAAGGAAAUGCGAGAUCAGGUGGAAGCCUUUUUGGAAUCCUUGCGCUUCCCUGUUGAGACCAACGUGCAUGAGCCUUUGACCUUGGAUCAAAAGAUGCAGAAUAUGACAGAUGAACAGGCACAUAUCAUGAAUGAGAAGGAGAAGGGGCAUUGUGCAAAGCUCAUCAACGCAGCUCGUGGGAGUAAGGAUGGUGGUGACCUCGGCGCCGAGAUCACACGUCAACAGGAGAAGGAACAAGAGAAGCAACAGGAAAAGGAGAAGGAGGUUGAAGUUCAUGUUGGCCGCGAGCGUGAACGUGAGGUGGAGUGGCCUUUGAAGAUUUUGCAGAAAGAGAGCCAGCCAGAGGAGUCCGGGGUGUUCUACCAGCUGGCAAAGUUCCAGAUGUCCGGUUUGAAAUGCAAGCUCAAGUGCAGUGGUUCUGCUUUGAUCUCAACAAACCACACAGCAAACGAUCUCAAAACAAUGAAUGUUCGCCGCAUGAAGUCGGUGCUCAUUUUGCUGGUCGUCGGCCCAAAGACCAUGGCUGUGUCCAUGGCGGAGGCGGCUGCGCUCCGACGAGCUAGGCAUUUGGCUUCAGAACACCUCCCGAGCUCUGCGAACCUGUGGAUUUGCUCAGGUUCGAAGAAGCUUCCGGACAGCUCGCAGAAUCUGUUUGCCGAUGGGCGGGUCAUGAUCGAGCCAGAGGGUGGUGUAUUGAAGGCCCACCGACUAGAGGCUGCCCGUUGCCUCUUGCGCUUUUUCAACUGUGAUCUUGACUUCAGGCCAGAGGAAGUAACAAGCACAGUGAAGGCCCUCGAAGCUGGAGCCAAUUCCAAACAGCGUCAGCAUUUUGUGGAGAC